GAAUGGCGCCGCCCCGGCCCGGCCUGCACCGCGCGCCAGCAUGGCGGCGCCCAGCGAGGGCCGGGCGGGCCGCGGCUACGCGCCCUUCCCGGGCACCGACAGCGGCUCCUUCCCCUUCGCCGUCCCGCACGGUGCGGCGGGGGAGCCGUCCAAGAAGCCAUGCCGAGCCUGCACGGAUUUCAAGAGCUGGUUCCGCGAGCAGAGGAAGCAGACGGCCCCGGGCGGCGCGGACGUGGAGGUCACGGAGGUGAAGGAGCCCCCUCCAGACUGUCCCCUGGACAGCGAGCAGCUGGGCCGCAGCACCUGGGCCUUCCUGCACACCAUGGCUGCCUACUACCCCGACCAGCCCUCCGGGGCACAGCAGAAGGAGAUGAGGGACUUCAUCAACCUCUUCUCCAAGUUCUACCCCUGCGAGCACUGCGCGGAGGACCUGAGGGAGAGAUUACGGACAAACCAACCCGACACGAGCACCAGGAGAAACUUCUCCCAGUGGCUGUGUCUGCUGCACAACGAGGUGAACAGAAAGCUGGGGAAGUCAGAAUUCGACUGCUCCCGUGUGGAUGAGCGCUGGAGGGAUGGCUGGAAGGAUGGGAGCUGUGAUUAACCCGCAGGGAUUGCUCUGGGAAUGCAGCACCGCCGUGCAGUCCGCGUGGAGCUGCUGCAGGGACACAGGGAGUCAGUAACUCUGUUUGUGUGGGACUGAUUCAGAGCUGAACCAAUGCCAAAAGGAGAAUUGAAAAUCCUAUCCCAAUGAUGUUUUGAUAAGUAAUGGUGCCUGAGGGGUUGAGGCUGCCAGAAACCUCUGAGAUUGGGCCACUGACAAACUCAUUUCAUGAUGACAUUUCCUGAUUUUGGGGGCAUUUGCUUAUUUCUGUGCUAGAAUUCAUUUUCCCUGAACACAGUGGUGUUCUCGGCAGGCAUUGCCUGAUGUUUUAGAAGAUGCAUCUGAUUAAUUGUCAUUUUCAUUUCUGUUGUUCUGAUAGAGAAAAUUCAUGCUGGGUUUUGUGCCAAGUCUGUACCCAUGGAUUUCUUUCCAGGAUCUCCAACAUUUGUUGUUACUCUUUCAUCCAAUUCCUUUGGUAAAAGUCCUGAGGGCAGGUACAUCUGAUUUAAACACUAAAAUACAGAGCCCAGAUUUCUCAAUUUGGUUUUGUGUUUCAACUUACCAUGUCAGAGGACAAAACAGAGUCAAAAUCAUUUCAAGUUCUUCACGUAGCUGGUGAUCUCAUCCCUUCCUGCACUCCUGGCUGGGAGAGGUUUGCACAAACCCUGACAGCAACAGGUUUUUUUUCCUUUCCCUGUUUCCCGCUGAGGUUUUCUUGCCUGUUUUAUUGAGCUUCCUGAUGUUGUGCCUCACAGCACACCUGUGAACUUUUGGCAGGUUUUGACUGGAAAGGUUAAUGGUGCUGCUGUAAUUAGAGCAGAGGCACCUCUUAUCUGAGCCUUUGCUCCUCACACCACUGUGUGGGGCUCCUUAGUGGUUAGAGAACCAGGAACACCUUUGGAAACACAUUUUAAUAUUUUGUGGCACAGUCAGGUCCUUUCAAGUCAGGUCUGUUAAGUAAAUGUUGGAGUUUUAUGGACUAAUUAUUUCUGAACUUUUUGUGUCAUAACAUUUCUAAACACAGACCCAAAUGAACUGAUAACAAGGUACUGCAUGAAGAGUGUGACUGAAGCUGUCACUCAGGCUAUUAAAAGUGCUCAGAAAAUUUCCCUAGCACCAUGCUGAGGUUUCUUAGAACAAAUAAACCCCAGCUCUUGGAUUUUGUCUUUUGGUAAUAAACUCAGCCCCCAAAACAAAGCCCACUGGGAUCCACUAGAGGGGAGAGGACCAACAAAAGGGCUGCAGCUCUCCCUUUUUGCAGGCAGGACCCAGCUGACUCAGGUCUCUCAGGCCACUCUUAGCAGCUGGGGGUGUGGGCAGGCAUCUCCCUGUGGGUUUGGUUGUGCUAAAGCAGGAAUUCAGUGUUCUUCCAUCCCAGUCUGCCCUGCACUGUUCUGUGUGACAAUGUCCUCGCCCACGGAGCAGAUGAUGAGAUUUCUCCCUCCUUUGUUUCAGUGUGAACAAGCAGGUUGGUGAAACAUCUGUGCCAUCCUUUGUCACCUUCCUGUGCCAGGGGAGCAGGCUGGGGAGCUGCACUGCCCUGUGCCAGUCCUGGCAUUGCUGGCCAGGCUCAGGGAGCAGCAGGCUCCCAGCACACCCUGGGUGAGGGUGUAUCAACACAUUCUGGUCACUUUGUGUGCUUCAGGGAGGUGCUGUGCAGUGCAGGAGGAGAAGCCUGUCCUGUCCUGGCAGGGCUUGGGAGGAGCCUUCAAGCUGAGUCUGUGUCUUUAGCAAAUCCUGCCUGAAAAUGAGGCCACCAGCUGUGGCCAGGAUGCUUCUAGAGCAGUUUCUAUCUUUACCAAAUGGCCACUUGAUAAAAUCUCUUCUUGCACUUUGUUCCCUCGUGGUUUUGGCUUGGCAGAAGAGCUCUGAUGUAGUUGUUUCUCAGGCAUAGCCUCACCUCUGUGGACUUGGCCAUGUGAGGAUUGGGGGGAUUUGUUCUGCUGCUCAUUUGUACCACAAGUUUUAGUCUGGGUAAGGAAUUUCCACUGGAGGUCCUCAUACUUGUGUACAGCAAAUUGUGAAUUCUCUACUAAUUGCACUUGAUUAAAUCUAGUUUUAAAAAUCUCUGUAUUCAGAUUAUAUUUCCUGUUGAUGUAAAAAUAAUAAAGCAACUUGAGUUCA